ACUUAUCUGAUUAGAUAUUUUGAUAUCAAUGAAGAAAAAUACAUGUUUCAAUUGCGUAAUAGAACUUUUUUGAUACGAAGUAACAUGGUUCGAUUGGAUAAUAGAAUUUCUUCGGAACGAAAUUACUCAAACGAUUUUUGUAUAAUUUUCGGAAGUUGUCGUGGAUUAGUCUGUUUAGAGUCCUCUGGAAGUAUUUCUUUAUGGAACCCAUCAAUUCGAAAAUCGCUUAUUAUAUCUGCUAAGCCACGUAAUUAUGUUCUUGGUUUUGGAGUUUGCAACGUGACAAACGAUCACAAAGUGGUGAAACUUGUGUAUAAGCAAAAUAUAUCUUCUCGUUGCAUGGUACAACCAGAAGUUGAGAUUUAUUCUUUGAGUACACGGUCUUGGAGGAGUGUUAGUGAUCCUGCUCCUUCAAAUCAUCUGGUUCGAGAUUUUUGGGGAUAUCAGUGUUUUGCUUUUGGCUCUGUUCAUUGGAUUGCAUCAGAUGUGAAUAGGGAAGGAGAUAAAUACAAUCUGGUAGUUUCAUUUGAUAUGAGUAAAGAAGUUUUCAACAAACUGAUGUUUCCAAAUUCUAUAGCUAAUUAUACGCGUAAGCUGUCCAUCACCGUGCUUGGAGAUUCUCUAGCUGCACUUGAAUUUAUGAAUUGGAAGAGGGGACAAAGGUCUUAUUGUGUUUCUGUAAUGAAAGAGUAUGGAGUUUCGGAGUCAUGGACUAAGUUAUUUACCGUUAAAAUUCCAUACUGGUUGGAGAAUGUAACAUUCAGGGAGGAUGGUAGAAUUAUAUUACCACUGAAUAAUAACAAGCUUGCUUUUUGUGAUCCUGAAAGUUAUGACAUCAAGGAUCUGGAUAAUGCAGGUGAUUUUGCGACCUAUGGUAUUUUUACCUACACGGAAAGCCUGGUUUUGCUGAAAGGACGAAGUAGCAUCCCAGAAGGUAUGCCAAAUCUUUUUGCAGCAUCUGCAGCAAAAUGCAGCUAAAACGAAAGGCAGUGGAGACUAGGGGAAGAGCAAGGUAGAACAAUCAUGAGAAGAUAAUAAUAGUAGACUAGUGUGUGUGUGUGUUUUUAUUUACCUAAUUAUGUUUUCCUAUUCUUAAGAUACUUGAAUCAAACGCUUUCCACAUAGACCCGGGACCUGCAGUAUAUGAAUCAUGUCAAGAGAGUUCCUGCAUAAAUGUGCU